AUAUCUCGUCUAGUGGAAACUCCGCCCACGUCUACGACUUCGUUCAUUGCGUUUGCGCUGUAUUCUCUCCUCACAACUACCUACUUUUUGGCGAUUUAAUCAUGUCUUUGGAGGUGGAAUCGGCAGACGUGAUUCGUCUGAUAAUGCAGUACCUGAAAGAGAACAAUCUGCACCGAACACUGACCACCCUUCAGGAAGAGACCACCGUGUCUUUGAACACUGUGGACAGUAUCGAGAGUUUCGUGGCAGACAUCAACAGUGGCCAUUGGGACACUGUGCUGCAAGCUAUCCAGUCACUCAAGCUCCCUGACAAGACUUUAAUAGACUUGUAUGAACAGGUGGUAUUGGAGCUCAUUGAGUUGAGAGAGUUGGGCGCAGCCAGGUCUUUGCUAAGGCAAACAGACCCCAUGAUCAUGCUGAAGCAGACCCAACCAGAGAGGUACAUUCACUUGGAGAACCUGCUGGCUCGCUCCUACUUUGACCCCAGAGAGGCCUACCCAGACGGAAGCAGUAAGGAAAAGAGGCGUGUGGCCAUCGCCCAGGCCCUGGCCGGGGAGGUCAGCGUGGUGCCCCCCUCCCGUCUCAUGGCCCUGCUGGGACAGUCCCUAAAAUGGCAGCAGCACCAGGGUCUCCUGCCCCCAGGUAUGACCAUUGACCUGUUCAGGGGCAAGGCAGCUGUGAAGGACGUGGAGGAGGAGCGCUUCCCCACACAGCUCACCAGACACAUAAAGUUUGGGCAGAAGUCCCACGUGGAGUGUUCCCGCUUCUCUCCUGAUGGUCAGUACUUGGUCACGGGAUCAGUUGAUGGUUUCAUCGAGGUCUGGAACUUCACCACGGGCAAAAUCAGAAAGGAUCUGAAGUACCAGGCGCAGGAUAACUUCAUGAUGAUGGACGAUGCAGUGUUAUGUAUGUGCUUCAGCAGGGACACAGAGAUGCUGGCCACAGGGGCCCAGGACGGCAAAAUAAAGGUGUGGAAGAUCCAGAGUGGCCAGUGCUUGCGACGCUUUGAGCGCGCCCACAGUAAAGGUGUCACCUGCCUCAGUUUCUGCAAGGACAGCAGCCAGCUGCUCAGUGCCUCCUUCGACCAGACCAUUAGGGUUCAUGGGCUGAAGUCGGGCAAGUCGCUGAAAGAGUUCAGAGGACACUCUUCGUUUGUUAAUGAAGCAACAUUCACACCUGACGGACACCAUAUCAUCAGCGCUUCCUCUGACGGCACUGUAAAGGUGUGGAACAUGAAAACCACGGAAUGCACCAACACCUUCAAGUCCCUUGGCACCUCGGCCGGCACCGACAUCACAGUCAACAACGUCAUCCUGCUGCCCAAGAACCCAGAGCACUUUGUGGUGUGCAACCGCUCCAACACCGUAGUCAUCAUGAACAUGCAGGGCCAGAUUGUGAGGAGUUUUAGCUCUGGUAAGAGGGAGGGAGGAGACUUUGUCUGCUGCACGCUGUCUCCCCGUGGCGAGUGGAUCUACUGUGUAGGAGAGGAUUUUGUGCUCUACUGCUUCAGCACGGUCACUGGCAAGCUGGAGAGAACCCUGACAGUCCAUGAGAAGGAUGUGAUUGGCAUCGCCCACCACCCCCACCAGAACCUCAUCUCCACGUACAGCGAGGACGGCCUACUCAAGCUCUGGAAACCCUGAGUAUGGCCCUGCUUAACCCCACAAGCCCCCUUCCAUCGGCAUGCCAGCUGCUCUGCCCAUGGGACUGUGCAGUGUUUGCCCUACCAUUGCUUUAGGCGGGCCGGGUAAUGUCUCCCAUCUAGCUCUGUUCAGGCCAAAAUGCUUUGGCCCCAAUUGACAGUCCGUGUUGCUGUUGUGGGGCUCCUGCGCCAUGCCUAAGACAAGGUCUAACUAGGGAAAACACUGGGGUAUUCGGAGUGCAGGGAUGGGCAUUAGAAAAACUUUUUUUAUAUAUAUUUUAAAAAAUGAUUAAUGUAAAUAUAUUUUUUAAUUGCGUUUUUUUUCUCUCAAGAAUGUCUGAUUCAAUAUUUUGCCUCGUAUCAGUAUGGUCAGCCAUUGCUUUGUUUUACUGCACAGCAAGAAAUUAAAAAAAGCUGUUGUCUCCUUUUUUGAUUUUUGAAUCCCCGAAUGCGAUGGUAUUCCUUUCCAUGUGUGUUCCUAGAUGUGAAACGCAUGGAUUACGUGGUGGUGGUUGACUGGAUUUACAUUUUACAUGUACCAUUUGUCUGGGCCAAUAAAACAAUAUUUUUGACCAGGAACAAA